ACUGAAACUAAGAGGAUAUAAGUAGAGUCAAUUGUAAUGUGUUUUUGUAAGACACUUAAAGUUGUUGAAAUUCAGUCCUGCUUUAUAUGAAAUUAAGGAAAACACCGAAAUAUUUGUGUCGUGUUCUUUAACUGCUGUUAAACUGUUUUAGUCACAGGUAACUCUGAGUAUACGACAUCAUUAAUUGUUCAAAGAAGCUGGAAAUGGAUGAAUAUCAGACAAUGAUCACAAAUCAAGUUUAUUAUGGUAUUGUUUUCGCUGUACUCACAAGCCAAGCUUUUGCUAACAAUAUCUGUAACAACACUUACACUAACGGGAUAGGAAUACAGUGUUUACCUUGUGAACCUGGUUACAUAGCAAUAGGCGACUGUCCUGGGAAUAUUACGCGUGCUAAAUGUGAGGAGUGCAAGGAUGGGACAUAUCAACCAGAAUGUGUUACUUUCAACGAAACUGUUAGUUGUAGAAACUGUACAGUUUGUGAUGUUUAUAAAGAAAACUGUACAAUAUACAAAGAUGCUGUUUGUGAGCUGAAACAUGAUACACGUGAUAGUAGUGAUGACAGCGGUGCGCAAUUAUUCUUUGUGGUGGGGUUGAUGUUUCUAACUGGAUCCCUAAUCCUUGUCAUUAUAAUCGCUGUACUAGUUUGCUGUCUCAAAAGGUCUCGGAAAGUUAGAAAAUAUUGGAUAAUGCAAAGCAAGUAUGGUAAAGAAAACCUAAUGGCUAAUUGCAAAGUAACGCCUAUAAGUUGGAAAACCUUGAGCUCUCCUAAAAGUCAGACAAGAUCAGAUGGUAACCGUCAAGAACAUUAUAAUCAAACAAACAAACGUUUUAGUGAGGAUGUUGUGCAGAAAACAAGCAUAAACGACUAUAAAGAUAAAUCAAGUAUACAUAACGUUGAUGGCAAUGAUUUAGCACCGAGAUCAAACAAAAAAGAAAGGCACAUUGCUGUGGUCAGACCAAAUUUUGAAUCAAAGAGCAAUGACUGCAAAGAAGUUGAAAACUCAGAUGACUUUUACAGCAAGAACAAGGAAAGUUCAGGUUUGCGGAGAACCCCGAGAAUCCCCCAAGGGGAAAAGCCUUUUAUAAAUUAA